AUGGCACCAAAGAAGAUGCUUGGCUAUCAGCAGACUGACGACAACGAAGAGGAAGCAGAGCCAGAGACACCAACAGGUGAGGAAGCAGAGCAGGAAAGCGACGUUGAGGUUCAGAACCUGAUUGAGGCUUUGGCGGGUGAAACCUUCUUCCAAGAGAUUGCAUCGUCAAGCAGUGAAACUCUGGAUGGUGCACGGACUCUCAUCACGCAGAAGAUGGAGGAGUUUACUUCCAUGAAGGAGAAGAUUGAUGUAGAGGUCAAGAAGAGGACCAAAGAGGCAAAAGAUGAGACAAGCAAGUUGAGGAACUUGGAGAAGAAGGAAGCCAACCGCAGGGCUACCGCCAUGAAGAAGGAGGGAAGGGUGCAUGUCAUGGUAAGGUUGCCUUCGGGAAAAAUCCUGAAAUUGACCAUCAACAAGGAUGCCACCAAUGGACGCCUUCGUCGCAAAAUCGUUCGCCUCAGCAAGGAGUUUAAGAUUGGCUCAAAGAAGACAGACCGCAAGAUUAGCGAGAUUGUCAUCAUCGGUGCGGAUGGGAAGCCGAUGAAUGCCCGACCCUUCAUUUACAACAACAAGACGUUGAUGAGCAACCCUUACAUCAUCAUCAUGUGGCAGUCCAACUAUGACGCCAACUCCUUUGUCUUCCCGCCCAUCACCGAGUUUGAUGAGGAAGUUCUCGUCAUCAACCAAGAGAAUGACGAAGAUGAUGAAGAUGACGAGAGUGAUGAGGAUUAG